AUGGCACGGAAACUUCAAAUCAAAGACUCAGAGAAUGGCACGGAAAAUCGUUCCAAAUCAAAUGACGCAGAGAUUGGCACCGGAAACUGUUCCAAAUCAAAUGACGCAGAGACUGGCACCGGAAACUGUUCCAAAUCAAAUGACGCAGAGAAUGGCACCGGAAACUGUUCCAAAUCAAAUGACGCAGAGAUUGGCACCGGAAACUGUUCCAAAUCAAAUGACAGCUGGCAGGAAACGCAACGACUGGCCGGUUCCAAAUCAAUGACGCAGAGAAUGGCACCGGAAACUGUUGUUCCAAAUCAAAUGACUCAAAGAGACUGCACCGGAAACUGUUGUGUUGGCGCCAAAUCACAUGACGCAGAGAAUGGCACCGGAAACUGUAUUCCAAAUCAAGGAAAUGACGCACAGACUGGCACCGGAAAUUGUUUCAAAUCAAAUGACUCAGAGAGUGGCACCAGAAACUGUUCCAAAUCAAAUGACGCAGAGAUUGGCACCAGAAACUGUUCCAAAUCAAAUGACUCAGAGACUGGCACCGGAAACUGUUCCAAAUCAAAUGACGCACAGAUCGACACCAGAAACUGUUCCAAAUCAAAUGACACAGAGAUUGACACCAGAAACUGUUCCAAAUCAAAUGACGCAGAGAUUGACACCGGAAACUGUUCCAAAUCAAAUGACGCAGAGAUUGGCACCGGAAACUGUUCCAAAUCAAAUGACGCAGAGAUCGACGCCAGAAACUGUUCCAGAUCAAAUGACGCACAAAUUGGCACCGGAAACUGUUACAAAUCAAUUGAAAUAAAGAUUGGCACCGGAAACUGUUGCAAACCAAAUGACGCAGAGACUGACACCAGAAAUUGUUUCAAAUCAAAUGACGCAGAUAUUGGUACUGGAAACUUCCAAAUCAAAUGA